AUGCCUUCCCUCUCGACCCUCGUUGGCGCCUUCCUAGGUGCAGCUUCUUUGGCUGCCAGUGCCGCUGUGCCUGCUCAACCUUUUGAACACUUCAAGGCCAAAAGACAGUCCAGCAAUACCACUAGCAACAGUAACCUAGAAGUCGAUCUUGGUUACGAGGUCUACGAGGGCUUCACCAACCAGACCACAGGCAUCAACAUCUGGCGCGGGUAUGUCAACAGACUCCUUGCCGUUCGAUCCCAAUGCUAA